AAUGAAGCAUGACAGUGUGCCUAUUGCGAAGCAUAUAUAUCGCGUUAUGGUACGCCGGAGGAAAAACUACUCACCUACGUUAUUAAUUAAUAACUUUAUAACUGCCUUCGUAAACUCGUGUAGUUAAGUUUGUUUGUUAUUUGAAUGACCUUUGAUACACUGCACAGCUCAGGUUUUCAACAUAGACAGUUAGGUUUUCAAUCGAGCAUGGUGUAGGACAGAAAGGUAUGUGUGUUCACGCAGUGUUAUUUUGUCUUAAACAUGAGAGCACACUUAAGAGGGACCAUUUAUUUCUGUGGAUUUAUUCUGAUUUGUUCAUCUAAAACAGAUGGUCAAACAUGCAGUGGAAAGUGCGGAGAUGUUUUGGAGGAAUGCUCCUGCCAUGCAACGUGUGUGUCUUUGCAGAACUGCUGUGCAGACUACAACCAGUUCUGUUUCCAGGUGACUCCUCACUCCAGCUCCAUGCUUGGUGGAAGAGCUCUCAGGAUCCACAGUUUGGUCCUUCAUCCUGGUGGGCGCCUUUUCUGCAGGUUCAAAGGUGAGAUUGAACGAGAAGGUUUAAUUGAUGCUGAAGGCCACGCCUACUGCAUCUCUCCUUUAUUGUACGAGACAGGUUGGAUACCAUUUACCGUCUCAACAGACGGAAUACAUUUUGACAGAUCUGGAGAAUACUUGUCAGUCCACCCUAGUAAAGCAGACCCUGCCUUUGAAGUCACCCUAGUGAAUGCAACACAGUGGCUGAACUACGGCACGCCAAACAUGGAAGGACGACUUACGAUGACAUGGAACAGCUCUUUGAUUGGAGCAGAGAGGGUCAACAUAGAGCUGUGGGGUUACAGAGAGGUCAACGGGAGCACAGAGGACAGGGCGAAUGGAUCAUCCUCUCUGCAGGCCGAGUUUAGCUAUCUAUACUCUCUGGGCAGGUCUCUGUCCAACACUGGUGCCUUUGGCUUUAUCCCCGAGCCCUCAAAGGACUUCUCUGACUGGGAGCUAGGGAACAUCCGGAUCACUGCUAGUUCUAAGUCAGAUGGAGCAAGGGAUGUACAAGGACUCUGGAGUGGAGGUCAUGUCUUAGCCUGGCACCUGGAGCAGGCUUUCAGAAAUGACUCUGCAGCCUGGGCCAGAAACAAGUGUCUGCAGUGGGACAUCCUGGAGAAGACACUGCCCAACUUCCUGGAUGAGCUCAUUGACUGUCCUUGCACUCUGGCACAGGCCCGAGCAGACACAGGCAGGUUUCAUACUGACUAUAGUUGUGACAUUGAGAGGGGCAGUGUGUGCACUUAUCAUCCAGGUAGUGUCCACUGCGUCAGAGCAAUUCAGGCCAGUCCUAUGCAUGGAUCGGGGCAGCAGUGCUGCUAUGACCGCACAGGCGCUCUGGUGCUGACGGGAGACUCGACCGGUGGCAGCACCCCAGACAGGGCUCACGACUGGGGCUCACCUCCAUACAGGGAGCCACCACGGGUGCCGGGGUACUCCCACUGGCUUUACGAUGUCAUGAGUUUCUACUACUGCUGCCUGUGGUCUGACCACUGCAAUAUCUACUUCAACCUUCGACCUUCUAGCGGGUGCAGCAACUACCAGCCCCCAAGAAUUGGUGUUGUCCUCGGGGAUCCACAUUUCAUGACGUUUGACGGCCUCAGCUUUACUUUCAAUGGCAAAGGAGAGUUCUACCUUGUGUAUUCGCCAGACAGAGAGCUGAGUGUUCAGGCCAGGACAGAACAGGUGAAACUUAAGAAUGGUACCAUGGCCAGAGCCACAUGGCUUUCAUCCGUGGCUAUGAAGGAAAAAGCCUCUGAUUUAAUCGAGGUGCGUCUAGCAGAGGGCCACCUUCAGGUGCUAAGGAACCAAAAGGUCCUACCUUUCACCGAGCAAAGAUGGAUGGACCUACACGGAGUAUUUGUGUUCGCCCCCAGUUUUCAGAAUGUGACAGUAAUCUUCCUCUCUGGAGUUGCCAUGGAGGUUCGGGUGCAUGAAGGCGCCAUGGCAGUGACCGUCCUGCUUCCAACGGAGUUUACCAACCACACUCUGGGUCUCCUCGGUUGGAUGAACUCCGAUCCAUCAGAUGACCUGUUCACCCAACCAGGAGAGAUCAUCUCCCCAGCCGACGCCAUGCCGGAGGAGAUCUUCACUUUUGGAGCUGGCUGGAACAUUUCAAAGAAGACUUCCCUUUUCACAUAUGACUCAAAGUACCUUUUGGAUACCUACUGUUUCCCACCAAGCCAUGAUCCUACUUUUGUUCCUGCCUUUUCUCAACCUGAGAGACCUGAUGACCCUCUGGUGGCAGACACGUUAACAAUAUGCGUUGGAGAAGGAGCUGAGUUCUGUAAAUAUGAUACCCUGACCACUCGGAGCCUCACAAUGGGAAACGCCACGCUCAGGGCCUACCAAAAUCAUCUGGACCUAAUAAAAGCUCUGGAGCCAGUGGCGUCUUGUGGCUCGCUUCUCCCACCCAGGAAUGGGAUGAAGAAUGGGACACAUUACCUAGAGGGGAACACUCUGAGCUUCACCUGCAAUAAAGGCUUCAUACUGCACGGUUCAACUGAGCGCACUUGUCUGGUUGAUGGGACCUGGACAGGAGAGCAACCCUACUGUAUAACAGAUGAUGUCGUGGGGUUUGCCCUUGGGGCUGUUGGCUCCCUCUCCGCGCUGGUCACGAUGGGAGUAAUGAUCCACCUGCACAACAAGAAAAAGGACAGAGAGAAAAAAGACGACCAGAUGGUGACUCAAUAACACAUUUGCGAAACCAUCAAAGUUCUUUCAGAUUAUGGAUCAUGCCACUCCACAUUGAAACCUUCAACUGUGUGGCCUAGGGCAACGAACGUGUUUCGAGCUGAGUAUUUGGAAAUGAUAUGCAGUCGUGUUGUUCUUAAGGACAGUGGUCUUCUCUUGGCCUAUUGACCUUAUCAGGAAAAAAAACCAUAGGCUCUAAUUAUCCUGUUGUGGCGUCAUGGUUUCCCUUUUGUUUAAUUUGGAAAACCUCCAUAUCCUGGUAAAUGGCACAUGGGGUGAGGACUGAGGGUAUUGAGGUAAAGGAAAAAAUGCUGAUGAUUGUUUUUAUAUUCCUGUUUGUGCAUGACUGAAUGUCCGAUUUUUGCUAGAGAGAGAACUGUAUAAAUACUACACAGAGAUAUCAUCAUUACAAUCAACACUCCCUUCUCCUGUGCAGUUUAAAAUAGGUCCAGAUGUGUUUAUGUUCAUGUCAAAUGUGAAGCGAACCUGAUCAUUUCUUGGUUGAAAGACUUUGAACUCAUAUGCAGCCUUUGUGUGGGCUCAUAGCCCUCAGUCAAAGGAAGGGUUGCUAGGACUGUCCUGAAUAUCGCUGUUUGGGCUUCGAAGCUUCAGUAGGAGGUAUUGGUAUACAUUUAAAACUUCAACAUCAAAUAAAUUAUGCACAUAAAAAAUAUAAACAUAUAAUUAAAAAUGCCUGGCAGUGCUAUACCAUGAUAUAUCAAGGCUAGACUGUUACUUAUCAUUUUCCGGUAAAUUGCCGAAGUUGUAGAUUUGUAAUUUGCCAGUUUUCUUUAGUAUAUUUAGCACUUGACAUUAUGGUUGUCAUCUUUGCAAAUGUUUUAAUUAUUCCAGACGCUUGACUUUUUGGUAUCUGAUAGUUAUAGCUGAGUU